AUGGAAGCUAUCCAGCAAGCUCGCAAGCUGUUUCUUAAGUGCCACAUUCACCAGACUUCUCUCAAAGACAGUGACAAGCAGCAGCUGGGAAGGGACAUCCAGCGGUUCAUCAGCAUCGCAAUCAAAGAGGCAACCUCCAAAGAUCUGUUUGAGAAUACCUUGAUAUUGGAAAUGUUGAAAGCAGCAUUGAAGCAGCAAGCACAAAAAGAACUACCAGAUGUGAUGCCACUGGCAAGAGCCUUUCAGGGCCUAGAGAAAUACUUCUUUCUGCUGGUGGAACAGCCUUGGAAGGCAGAAUUAAAAGAAAUUAAGAUGUACGGGGGCUUCUACCGAACGCGGAUCAAGUCUGUCCUUCCAGAUUGUGAGUCCAUCUUUGAACACGCCGGGUAUAUGGUGCUCCACGACAGCUGUACCAUGGUACACAGGGGCCAGGUGAACAAGAACUUCCUUCUGCUGCUGGCCUUCGACUGCAGGGUGGGCCAGGUAGUCUGUGAGACCAUUGCCGAGCACUACAACAAGGUCAAGGGUCUGUCCAUGAGUAUGGAGGAUGCCAUUGGCAACAUUCUCCGUGACGAAUACUCGAGGGACAAACUGGCACCAAAAUACGCUUAUCCCCAGGGCAAUGGCCUAAUUAUGAAUACAUCGCUAAAUUCGCAUGUUGCUCCGCCAGCGUUGCCUAAGAGGGAACCAACUGGUAAUAGUUCGAACAUGAGGUACAAUGUGGCGUAUGAAUCGGAUGUUGUCUAUAGCAACUCUUCAGCUAAUGUGUUUGAUAAAACAGGCAUUGCUUUUCCACCCAAAUCACCUUGUCGGACUUCAGAUUUGUACUUAUCCGUCUUGGCCCAGUCUCCAGUAACACCAGUGAAUCCAGACAGAUUUACUUAUCUGGAUGUGUUAGGCAAAGAAAAUCUGCGGAAUUUGCCACAGGGGACAUCAGAUGAUCACAUGAUCGAAAGUUUACGGCACUUGAACAUGAAAGACAUACCCAGACCUCAAGGUAUAGAUAGCUGGAAACAGUUUAGUGGGUACGGUGGUGACAGCCGAAUAGGAACGGCUUCCAACCAACUGAGUCUGGCAAAUCCAGCAUCCUUUUCAGUCAGCGGAUCGCAACAGUCUGGAGCGGCUCCUGCACAAAGUAACUUCAAGCCUGCUCCUUCGAUAGACGAGGGAAUUGAGCAGGAUUUGUCCACAUCGAAAGUGUAUCCGCACAGCGCAAAGUACACCUCCAUGGGAGGCCAUCAGGUUGUGCCCAGCAAGCAUUCAGCCAGCCAUCAGCAAGUGUCCUUUGAUCAAGGUUAUCGUACAGUGACGCCCGAAAGUAUUUAUAGCCCCUGCUCGGCAGGUUUCCUGCAGACAGUAUACCACCCUCCCAGUGUUGCUGCGGACUGUCCUGGUGCUCACAGUAACUCACUGGUUGCCAGACACAAUGCUCCUCCUCCUAUUCCUUCCAGAGCAUUGAAGCCAAAGUCAGUGAAGGAUGAGGAGGCCGUGCUGCAAAGCAAGAUGUAUCCAUCUGUUCCUCAGUACUUCUCACAGCCUCCUGGGGUGUCGCACCUGCAGAGAGAGGUUGUGCUCAGUCGGCCUCCAUUGUCGGCUCCAGGAUAUUCGACACUUCCCCGCUGCUAUAAUGUAGAACCCGUCCUGCGCCGGGAGCGGCUAAUGCUGGGCAAGACAAACUCUCUUAACCCUAUUGACCCUCCCAGCGUGCCUCUUCCCCAUCCGUCUGCCUCGGGGAGGACUGUUCGCAGCAUGGACAUGACCUCCACUCAUUGGGAGUGUCAGUCUUGCCGCACCCUCAACGUGGCCUCAAGCAUUUGCUUUGCCUGCUCAGCCAGCCGGCUAGGGCCCGAAGUAAUCUCCCCAACAACCGGGGAAACGAAACUCUCAUGUUCCAGCUGCACUUUCGCCAAUAGCCUGGAUAAAACACACUGUGAAAUGUGUGGAUCAAAACUGCCUGGUAGAUUCACACUUGUAUGA